CGCCCCCGGCGCCCCGCGCGGUGCCCGCAGUGUCCGCCGCAUCGCGCUGCGAACCGACCGGAACCGAACGGAACCGAACGGAACCGAACGGAACCGAACGGAACCGAACGGAACCGAACGGAACCGAACCGGGGCGGCCCAUCCCUCCUCCUCCCCUUGUACCCCUCCGUUCCGCCUCGAGACACGAUGUCGGGCCCGGAGCCCAGCGGCGGUGAGGAGGCCAAGCAGGCCAAGGAGGCGGAGGACGCUGAGAAGUUUUCCUUUAUGGCCACCGUUACCAAAGCGCCCAAGAAGCAAAUCCAGUUUGCAGAUGACAUGCAGGAGUUCACCAAGUUCCCAACCAAGACCGGCCGCCGCUCCCUGUCCCGUUCCAUCUCACAGUCUUCCACCGACAGCUACAGCUCUGCUGCCUCCUACACAGACAGCUCUGAUGAUGAAGUGUCUCCCCGCGAGAAGCAGCAAACCAACUCCAAAGGCAGCAGCAACUUCUGCGUGAAGAACAUCAAGCAGGCAGAGUUUGGACGCCGGGAGAUCGAGAUCGCUGAGCAAGACAUGUCUGCUCUGAUUUCACUCAGGAAGCGAGCUCAAGGGGAGAAACCUUUGGCCGGAGCUAAAAUCGUAGGCUGUACACACAUUACAGCACAGACUGCGGUGCUGAUUGAGACGCUGUGUGCUCUGGGAGCGCAGUGCCGCUGGUCUGCAUGCAACAUCUACUCUACCCAGAACGAGGUGGCAGCUGCCUUGGCAGAAGCAGGUGUUGCCGUAUUUGCCUGGAAGGGAGAGUCAGAGGAUGACUUCUGGUGGUGCAUUGACCGCUGUGUUAACGUAGAUGGCUGGCAGGCUAACAUGAUCCUGGAUGACGGUGGGGAUCUGACCCAUUGGGUUUAUAAGAAGUACCCCAACAUAUUCAAGAAGAUCCGAGGGAUUGUGGAGGAGAGUGUGACCGGUGUGCACAGGCUGUACCAGCUCUCCAAAGCUGGGAAGCUGUGUGUGCCGGCCAUGAAUGUGAAUGACUCCGUGACCAAACAGAAAUUUGACAACCUGUAUUGCUGCCGGGAGUCCAUCCUGGAUGGCCUGAAGAGGACCACAGAUGUGAUGUUUGGAGGGAAGCAGGUGGUGGUUUGUGGCUAUGGGGAGGUUGGCAAGGGAUGCUGUGCUGCUCUGAAAGCCCUGGGAGCCAUCGUCUACGUCACGGAGAUCGACCCCAUCUGUGCUCUUCAAGCCUGCAUGGAUGGAUUUCGGGUGGUGAAGCUGAGCGAAGUCAUCCGUCAGGUCGAUGUUGUCAUUACCUGCACAGGCAACAAGAACGUGGUGACCAGAGAACACCUGGAUCGGAUGAAGAACAGCUGCAUCGUGUGCAACAUGGGCCACUCCAACACAGAAAUCGAUGUGACCAGCCUCCGGACCCCCGAGCUGACCUGGGAGAGGGUCCGUUCCCAAGUGGACCACAUCAUCUGGCCGGAUGGGAAGCGGGUGGUGCUGCUGGCCGAGGGCCGACUUCUCAACCUGAGCUGCUCCACGGUUCCCACUUUCGUCCUCUCUAUCACAGCCACCACUCAGGCUCUGGCUCUGAUUGAGCUGUACAACGCUCCCGAGGGCCGGUACAAACAGGACGUGUAUCUACUGCCCAAGAAGAUGGAUGAGUACGUUGCCAGCUUGCACCUGCCUUCCUUCGAUGCCCACCUGACAGAACUGACAGACGAUCAGGCGAAAUACCUGGGACUCAACAAAAACGGGCCUUUCAAACCCAACUACUACAGAUACUGACGGACCAUCCCUAUGAAGGACCAGACCACCCCAGGCAACAUUAGGGCGAUGACUUUUUAAAGAUCAUUUCAUUCCGGUUCGCUUUUCGUUUUUUCUUUUAACCAACAAGGAAACCUUCUUUUUACAUUGA